CUACAUGUCCAAAUGCGAUUGAAUGUGAUUGUCGUUUCCAGUAGCAUUUUCCAUUUCAUGUUUUGGAUUGUUUAAUAAAAUUUCUUUAAUACUUUGAUAAAAUUUGAAUAUUUGUUAUUCAUCACAUUCUAUAGCAACAUGGACGAAGAUGUGCGUACUCUCUGGUGUGGAAAUUUGAGCGAGAAAGUAACGGAAGAGAUACUAUACGAAUUAUUCUUACAGGGUGGUCCCGUGCAAAAAGUCACCAUUCCUAAAGAUCGUGAUGGCAAACAAAGAACAUAUGGAUUUGUAACAUAUAAACAUAUUGAUUCUGUAUCGUAUGCUUUGAAUCUAUUCAAUGGUACAAUGCUAUUCAAUCGUCCUCUUAGUAUGAGCACAAGGAACAACAUAGAAGUACCGCAAAUAACAAAUUCUCAGAGUCACUCUCUUAAUUUGGAUCAUUUGCUUCAGUUAGGUCAACAGAUGUUGGUUGCACAUAAUGCGCAUAUAAUAGAUAUGUUUGGAGUUAAUAUGUUACCAAGGUCAGAUUCGCAUUCUAAACAUAUAGACAAUGUUAACUCUUACAAAGAUGAUAGAAGAACUAGGCGCCCACAUCCUUAUAACAGGGAACAGAAUAAAGUAGAUAACCAUCAUAAAGAUCACAGACCUAGACACAUUCACAAUAAUCAUCACAGGAAUAACUUUUCCAGGAGAGAUUAUAAAAGCAAUAAACGCAAUUAUCGUUAAUAUUAUUUAAUAUGUUAAAUAAAUUAUAUAAUACUAAUUUCUAUUAUUAUAAGAUUUUAAUUUGGUACAUUUUUAAUAACAUACAAUGCUUGUUCAAAUCAAUGCACACUUAUAAACUUUAGACACUUUAUUUCAGCUUACAAACUUUUACAACUUUAAACAAUGAAAUCUAAACAUAGUAAUCAAAUUUUCAUUUUGGAUAUUAGAUGCAAUGAUGUUGGUACAAUUCUCUUAUGUUUGUAUACAUAUGAUAUUAAAGUAAAAUUAUUUAAGUUAAAUU